CUGCUUCACAAACACAGACACACACGGGCUGGAUUUAAAUCGUGCUCAUCUCAUCUCUCUCUGCGUGCAUUCCCACUGGUUUUUGAGUACAGCAUCCUGACGCCUCAGCUUUCUCUACCUUGGUUCUUUUUGGUCAAGUGCACAUCACGUUUUCCCCCCUCAGGUAUCAGACAGUUUGAUGGACACUUUAGAGAGGAAUUUAAACUUUAUAAAGCGUGGUUGUCAAAGCGCAAAGUAGUCAGCACAUUCACGUUUAAAGUCAGCCUCGGAAAGGAUGCUGAGCGUUACGCGGAGUCGGUGCGGUUGGAUGUUGACGCUGGUGAUCGCAGCGAUGCGGAUGGGAGACGGGACCGAGGCGCAGGGCAACGCCAUCAAAUCACUGGAGCCGCUGACUGCCACCGCGAACCGCACCAGCGCGUCAUACAGCGCGAUCCCGAGGAAAGACAACAUGCGCGCACAGGGAUACCCGUGCAGCAGUGAUCAGGAAUGCAUGGUGGGAAGUUAUUGCCACAGCCCUCAACACGGCCCAUCUCGGUGCCUCACCUGUCGCAGGAGGAAGAAGCGUUGUCACAGAGAUAGCAUGUGUUGCCCUGGCAACCGCUGCAGUAACUAUAUCUGUAUCCCCGUUUCGGAGAGCGUUCUGUCCUCUCAUAAAUCGCACUUGGAGGAGCAUAACAAGCUUUCUGUCAAAGACAAAAGCUGGAGGAGGAAUGGAAAGGCCAAGAUCUCGCUUAAAGGUCACGAGGGCGAUCCUUGUCUGCGAUCCUCCGACUGCUCCGAAGGCCACUGCUGCGCCCGUCACUUCUGGACGAAAAUCUGCAAGCCGGUGCUGCGUCAGGGCGAGGUGUGCACGAAGCAACGCAAGAAGGGCUCGCACGGCCUUGAGAUCUUCCAGCGCUGCGACUGCGCCAAGGGCCUGGCCUGCAAGGUGUGGAAGGACGCCACUUCCUUCUCUCGAUCCAGGCUGCACGUCUGCCAGAUGAUCUGAGACGGGAGGCCCCUGCUAACAAACUGCACCUUGGGGCCCCCGCGUCCCGCUGGGGAGGGAGCGGGCGGCGGCUCCCUUUUCCCAGGACUGACUCGGCUGUGAUAAAAACUGAUACGCAGAUGGACACGUGCCAGGACGGGGUCGGAUUGGGAAGGGUACAAACUAACGCUCACUUGGAUGAAAUGAUUUGCUGCACAUGUUUCACUGUAGCGAGGUUUUAUGAUCUACAAGCCAUAUUUAUCACUGAUGCCUUCGGUACAAGCUCUGACUCUGUUUCAAUCGAUCUGUGCACUCGACAUAGACUAAGAAUGAGUUGCGAUUCACUUCGGAUGUGGUUGUUAAUUGUGGUCCCACAUGUUUUUAGAUUUUGGUCAUUAGCUUGGUCAUCCACCAAGGGGAUAAGGUGUAGUUCUCCAAAAAUAUUUUACGGUGCCCUUGUUACACGUUACAUGUUUUUACUAUAGUAUUUACUAUACAUUAUGCAUAAUUACAGUGAACUACCCCUAAACCACACCCUCAUCCUAACCCUAUAGUAAGUACAUAUAGUUAAUUAUUAUUACUCAGUACUUAAAUGUAUAAUUACACUGUAACACGGGCACUGUAAAAUAAAGUAUAACCAAAAAAUGCAAUCAUUUAUUCACCUUUACGUCAUUGAAAACCUGUAUAUGACUCUUUCUUCUUUAAAAACACAAGAGAAGAUAUUUUGAGAAAUGACUUGUUUCCAUACAAAGGAAGUCAAUAGGGGGUUAAGGUUUCUGGUUACCGACUUUCUUCAAAAUAUCUUCUUUUGUGUUCUGCAGAAGAAAAAGGUCAUACAGGUUUGGAAUGGCAUGAAGGUGAACAAAUGAUGAUGUGGAUGAGCAGUUUUCAUUUUUUCACAAUCUUUUUCUUAAUGCCAGGCCCUUCUUAAAGUGCACUUUGAGUAUGCUUGUAUAAGACUGUGUAGCGACGGAAGAAGGUUUUUAAGUUCUAUACUAUUACUUCACGCUCCUGAGAAAUAUGAUCAUUUGUUCAGAUUUACUCAAUAUAGUAGAUUUAUUCUAUAGUAAAUACCAAGUUGAUUCUUAUUAUCAAGGGAAGUUGUUUACAAUACGAGUUGUGAAUGUUUUGCGAAUCAGGCCAUCAUGAAUCAGAGGCCGUGCUUUUGUUCUUUAAAAUUAUAUUAUAUUAUUUUCUCUGUGAUCCACACCACCUUUCAGCUAAAGUGAAAAAGAAUAAAAAUACUUAUAAGCUCUUAUAUUGUAAAUAACAUGCAAAUAUUUCAGAUUGUAUUUAAAAUGCAGUUGUAUAUCAUGUAUAUAUUGGAGGAACCCUAAAGACAUUAAACGUGUUUCUUUUGUCAGAUCAUCAACUUCUGUUUUUACGUUGAAAAUGUAUGAAAAAAAUCCCCGUGCAGGACUAUUGCCAUUAAAUUAUUUACAGAACACUUUUCUCAACUCAUCCAGAGCUGAUGUUGUGUAUUUGUUUAAAUGUCUGUUUCCUUGGGUUACUCGUGACUUUGUUUCCAUGUUGUAACUCGCUGUUCUGAUUCUGUCUCGAUUGUGUAUUUACAGUGAUUUACACAGAUUAAAGAAUGUAUUUUGUAUUACAACGAUUUGGCUGCGCUUAUCAUUUCGGUUCUGAAUAGAAAUAUAAAUGAAACUGUUGGCAGCUCGUGAAACUGAGCCAUUUGUGGCUGA